CUGCUGCUAGGGCAUAUGACCGUGCUGCAAUUAAAUUCCGAGGACUUGAUGCAGAUAUCAACUUUAACAUCAGUGAUUAUGAAGAUGAUCUGAAGCAGAUGAAUAACUUUAGCAAUGAAAAAUUUGUGCACAUACUUCGUCGUCAGAGCAAUGGCUUCUCUAGAGGAAGUUCAAAAUACAGGGGAGUCACUCUGCAUAAAUGUGGGCGAUGGGAAGCACGGAUGGGGCAGCUUCUUGGAAAGAAGUAUAUCUAUCUUGGACUAUUUGACAGUGAGAUAGAAGCUGCAAGGGCAUAUGAUAAGGCUGAUAUAAAAAGCAGCGGGAAGGAGGCAGUCAUCAAUUUUGGGCUAAGCACAUACGAAGAUGUAUUAAGUUCUGAGGCUGAUAUCGGAGGAACAACUCGUAAUCUUGAUCUGAAUUUGGGCAUAUCUCCCUCUUCCUAUGCUGACAAUCAACAUGGAAACACUAGCCAAAUUGGAAACUUCCAGGGCCAGCAUGGCUCAAAUGGUUUACCAGAACAUCGUAGACAAGACCAAAAUACAAAUGGUGGGAGUCCUACAGUGCCAUUCUUCUCUACCGCAGCAUCAUCACGAUUCGAUAAUUCAGCAAUCACUGCACCACCCUCAGCUGCCAUUCAUCAACUGCACUUUGGAAGUGGAGCUUUACCUUACCGCCACUCACAAUCCCUGACCAACAUGAAUCUUUCACAUAAUUAUUGCACGAGCUGAAAUUAGCUUGCCGGUAAAUGCAAAACAAGUAAACAACCACCCAAUAUCUUUUCUUCCUUUGCUCAAGAUGAUACUAGUAAGGCAACACGCUUGACUACAACUAAUUGAGUUUAGUUUUGUUAGUUAGGAGAUAAGGUACUGAGUUUCUAAACAAGGCUAUGAAUCUUAUAACAUGAACUAUAUGACUGCAAACCACUUACUGGGCAUUUUCUUCUAUACUGCAUAUUACCGGUGCCUUGACAGUUGGGACUGUUAUGAUGAGAAUGUUUCUAUAUGGUUUUCAUUUUCAAAUGAUUUCUUUCUUUUAAUGGCUUCACAUUCUGUUUCUAAACCUUCUAAAGGACGCUUCCUUUUCAUAGUUGGUUCUUGAAAUUAGCAAGAACGGACUGACAAAUUUUGGUCUCUUUUCAUUGCUGAAGCGUACUAGGUUGUCGUUGUAGCUCUUUGUUGAUGGAAAAUCAUACAAUAACUAUGCACUUUAUCCAUCUUGUCAAAACUUGUGUUCUUUGGCUGGAUUUAACCUUGAAACUUUGUGAUGUUGAUAAUUAUUCAUUUACUUGAUUGCUGCAGCUAACAAAAUCAGCCUAAAUGUUAAAAACAAGUUAAUGAGUGAAUCACAUGAGGAUUAAAGGUUUUUCUUUAAUUUGAUGGAUUUGAAUGCAGGGAAAAAGAACUGAUGAGAGUGUUUUACGCUAUGAAACAGCUAUAACUCUUAUACAUUAAACUACAGGAAAGAUCACAGUGCAAAAGUCGAGACCUAACAAAAGAAGUAAACUUGAAGUGUUGUUGGUGAAAGAUUGUCCUGUUGCUUUAAAGGGUAGUGGAAGUACUAUCAUCUGCAAUCCUCAGCUUUUUGAUUUUAGAAUAAAAAGUAACAUGAUUUUUUCCCUUAUCUGUAAG